AUGAUAAAGCAGUCAUGUUAUAUGCUAUUUAUGGAGAAAUCUAACAAACGUAAGGAAAUAAAUCCUUCAGCCCAACCCUCAAUCUUAAAAACUAUUCUGUUAUGCCACUGGAAAGAUAUAUUUAUUUUUGCACUACUGAAGACCACUGCUCUCUCUGCUGGUCCUCUGCUUCUAAAUGCCUUCAUAAAAUUUGAUGAAGGUAAAUCGAGUUUUGAAUAUGACGGAUAUCUAUUGGUUGUGUUACUUUUCUUUAUGAAGAUCAUUGAAUCAUUAUCUCAAAGGAAGUGGUACUUCAGGAUGAGAAUAGUUGGUCUAAAGGUGAGAUCUUUACUCACAGUAGCCGUUUACAAGAAGCAACUGAGAUUAUCUAAUGCUGCUAAGCUGAUGCAUUCAAAUGGGCUUGCUACGAUUGCAUCCCUCAUAGUAAUAAUUCUCAUUGUCAUUUGUAAUGCUCCCCUCGCAAAAUUACAGCAGAAGUUUCAAUCAAAGCUCAUAGUUGCACAGGAUAAAAGACUGAAUGCUAUUUCAGAAGUUAUACACGACCCUAUUCGCAUUAUUCCUGAUGUCAUUGGAGUGGUUAUUCAAGCUAAAAUUUCAUAUUCCAGGUUUGAGAUAUUUCUUGAAGCACCUGAACUGGAAACUGCAAAUUUCAGGGUGAAGUCCAUUGUACAUGAUACAAAUCAUAUUAUUACUAUUAAGUCGGCUGAUUUGUCAUGGAGUGAGAAUCAAUCGAAGGCAACACUUAGAAACAUUAAUUUGGAGGUUAAGCCAGGCGAGAAGAUUGCCAUCUGUGGAGAGGUGGGUUCUGGCAAAUCCACACUCCUUGCAGAAAUUCUUGGAGAGGUUCCAAUUACCCAAGGAACUUGCAAUCCAAUCCUCCCUACUAACAUGCCAUUAGUUUUCAACUCAUUUCAAUUUGACAGGAAGUAUUCGAGAAAACAUUCUCUUCGUGGCGAUCUUACUGAAAUUGGAGAAAGAGGAGUCAAUCUUAGUGGUGGUCAGAAACAGCGUGUUCAACUUGCCCGUGCACUGUAUCAGAAUGCUGAUAUUAAUAUAUAUCUUUUGGAUGAUCCUUUCAGCGCUGUUGAUGCACACACUGCCACAAGUCUCUUUAAUAUAAGAACAGUAGUAAGAUUUUUUAUAUUGCCUAUCAAAAGCGUCGCCUAUGUCAUUGAAGACCACGGUGGAGCUCGUCGCUGUGCAGCGAGCGCCGCUUCAUCUCUAAGCUUCGCUGUGCAGUGGGUCGGGUUUGUGUGCUUCAACGUCUUGCAUCACGGAUCUGAAACGGAGUAUUGCUGCAGCGACGCGUUUAACUCACCUUCCACCUGCAAGCCGUCCGCUUAUGCUCAGAUGUUCAAAUCUGCUUGCCCCAGAUCCUAUAGCUACGCUUAUGAUGAUCCUACCAGCACUUUCACCUACUCUGGUGCAGAUUAUACUGUAACCUUUUGGUAG